UUUAUAAGAUAUCAAAUUGCACAAUAACAAUCAAACAUUCUUUAGGCAAAAACAAGACUCAGACUGGCAAAUGGACAGCUGAUCUGAGCUGAUGAGAUUUCGUUUAGAUUUGUAGGAAGUGUGUUUGGGUUCGAGUAGUCAGUAAAUGACACAGGGAAAAUGCCGAAAUCAUUCGUGGAGGCUCUCAAAGCAAAAUAUUGCGAAGAUGAAGAGGACGCGUCGAAUUGCGUUGUGAGCUUUGUCUACACGAACCGUCCGCGGAAGAACAGCGGAGGCGAAGGGGAGGCGGAGCUGGGCUAUCUGACCAGUAUGGUAUUAUCAAUGAACAGUAUCACUCAUGCCGGUAUCCCCUCAGAUGGGCUAGCCUCCCUUUGUCCAAAUGUGACAGACCUGGAUAUAUCGAGCAAUCUGAUUGGCUGCUGGGAUGAAGUCAUCAGUAUAAUCCAGUCUCUGGACAAGCUUCAGUUCGUCAACCUUAGUGGGAAUCGGCUACAAGAUCCAAAGAAGUCCCUUGCCAACCUCUCUGGUGUGCGGUUUGGUAUAGAAAACUUGGUGCUCAACAACACGGGUGUGUCCUGGGGCGAGAUCCUCCUGAUAUGCCGAUGUCUUCCACGGCUUCGGGAGCUGCACGCCAGUCAGAACGGCUAUACGGACAUCCCGGCUUCUGCAGAAUGUCUCAGAGAAUGUUUCCGAAAGUUAGAAGUCCUCCAUCUCACAAAUAAUAACUACACAAGUUGGGAGCAGGUCAUACCACUGUCUCUACUGCCUGCUCUUCACACCUUGAUGUUAUCAGAGAAUCCACUGACCAACAUCCAUUAUGUCAUUGCUGUACACAGCAAGGAGGAUGGAGAGGAUAUAAAUAAUAAAAUGGAUGUAUGCUCAGAUAACCAACCUGAUCCCGUUGUUUGUGAAGUGGUGACCGAGAUUCUGGACAAACUCAUUGAAGAUGCCUCCACCAUGUCCACCCAAACAAGCCAGGAUGAUCCAUCCUGCAGUCCGUCCCACAGGGUGUCCGAUCCGUCCUACGACAGUGGCAUGGAGGACUGCCAGCCAAACACACCAAGACGCAUCCCCAAGGAGAGACUCUCUAGCCAGGGUUCCGAAGACGGCGAUCCUUGCGGUGAUUCUGGCUACGGAGCAAUGAGACAGGACAACCCGCUCGUCGCAGAGAAGGCCGUCCAUCAAGUGCUGCCGGGAAUCAGCGAACACGGUGCUAAACCAGUCCCUCUGUCUCCUCCAAAGUCUGAAGACAAGAGGAGGAAACUUUCAGAGAAGAAGCCCCUGGAUGCUUCUGGCACUGUCCCAGAGAGCGAUAACCGCAAUGAAGAAGUGCUUGCUGAUAUUAACACUGAUAAGUUUGCCUACUUUGAGAUUGCUUGGGACCCUGAUGAAGCCAUCGGCCAUGAAGAGGAGGAGGAGGUAGUGGAGAUGGUGGAAACAGUGGAGGAAAAAGAGGAGAUGCCAUCUAUAUGUCCUUUUACCUGGUUUCCCAACCUGAAAGUACUGUGUGUGACAAAUACCAAGGUGGAUCAGUGGUCUGAUGUGGAGUCUAUCAGGGCAUUCCCCUGCUUGGAAUCUCUUCGGGUUAAGGGUGUGCCUUUCCUUAAGAAUCUCGCUUCAGAUGAAAGGAGGAAGCUGCUAGUUGCUAGCCUACCCAAUAUUAAGAUCCUCAAUGGGAGUGAGAUAAAGGAAGAGGAGAGAGAGAAGAGUGAACGUUUCUUCAUUCGUCAUUUCGAUGAACAUCCCGAGCCCCCGUCAUGGAUUGAGGAUCUGGUGAAUAGACACGGUGCACUCAAGCCUAUCACAGAGAUUGAUAUUGGUAGAGGAUAUCAGGAGCAUGCGCACCUGUCCUUUGUCUACAGCGGUAGAUGCAUCCACCAGGCAACCAUCCAUGUGGUACAGAAUGUCUCUGAACUCAGGAAAUACUGUGCUAAGCUACUCAACAAACCAAAAACGGUUAUACGCAUGUACCAUCAUUCCAAGUGCCCUCACACGGGAGAAACCGAGUUGAACCUUCUCCAUCAGGACCUGCUUCCGAUGAGCCGCUACGACAUGACCCACGGGGAUGAGAUUCACAUCGAGACUGCAGCGUACGUGCAGCCCCUCACCGCAGCCCAGCGGGUAUCCAGGUCAUUGCAUGUCACCAUUAGAUAGAUGCUGAUCAUACAGAGGAGAAAGAAUAGUUUAAUUAUGAUUGAAACUGUUGAUGAUGCAUUCAGUAUCUUAACUUGUAAGACGACAGUGCGACUGGCCGCUUCAAGCCGUCUUAUACAUGGAUGAUUCAUUAUAAGGAGGAGUGGGAUUUUUUCCGAUGCUACGAAGAAUGUGUUGGUAUUCUCAUUUGUAUGUAAAACCACAACAGGUUUGCCUGCUUCUCAAGGCCAUUACACUUAGAGGGGGAGAGGCAAAGAGGAGGAGGAUUAAGUAAACUGCUCUAAAAGGGUGUCUAUCCUUCACUAGAAAGACAUGUUUUCAUACUAGUAACUCCACCAUGUGACCAGCUGCUUCAAAACCACUUCUGGCAGAAUUGAUUAAGAGGGGAAGGAAGGGGGGGUAUUCACGAGUCUGGUAAGAAUUUCUUUGUAUCAUUAAUGACAUGAUAGGAUGCUAUUAGUCUUCUUCUUACAAGGAUGAGGAACAUAGACUAAAGAUGAUGACAAUUGUGAGGAUGAAGAGGAAUAUGAUGAUGAUGAUGUUGAUGAUAACAAUACUUGUGAUGAUGAUACUUCUGUUGAAGGUAACAAUAACCACCUUGCUUCCUCAUCAAUGGACAUCGUUCGAGAGAUUCAUGUUGGUUUCCAAAGCUCAAGUAACAAAUGAAGAUGAGGAUGAAAAUAGUGAGGAUUGCAAUGAAUAAAACUACAUGUCUAUUCUUGUAGCUAAUUUAACAACCCCUUGACUGCCCAAUUUGGCCUGAUUUCACAAAGUUAGUUUUGUAUCCAUGGUCAGAUAAUGCAGAUUUCUCAAAUUCAUUACUGCCAAUGUUGGAUGUUUAGUGAGAAAGAGACCAACAAUGAAUGCACACUGUUUUCACAAGGUGCUCAAUUCAUGCUUGUUACUAAGGCUACUGCUUUGUCAUGCAAAUUGGCUGACAUAAAGAAGCAUGAUCAUUCAUUUGAAAUGAUGUUAUCAAAGUAACAUGCAUUAUGUUUUCACCCUGUAGAUGUAAUGUCUGAAACUGUGCCCCAAAUCUUUGGGACUAAUCCAGUUUUAUGUUCACUCCGAUGCAAAAUCUGAUCUUACAUAUUCUCCUAAAGCGUUGACCAUCAUUUCUUGAUGAUGAUUACUGCAGGGGAGCGUUUCACAAGGAGUCAAGUGUGACAUCAAGUCUUUUGCUUGAAUGCCAUUGCACAUGAUUUGACCAAUGGGAUGAUGCGUUUUUAUUACUUGUUAACACCUCCCCCCCCUCCAUAUUCUCUUAUUUUUGUAAAUAACAAGGUUACAGAGACAUAUGUGCUGCCCAUGACUGAUAAUGUGCAAUCCUUUUCAAUCAGGUUUGUCAAAAUUUCUGGGUUUUUUUUAUUAUUGUCAUUCACUGUUGCCUGGGUCAGCUUUCAUCAGAAAGACAUGUUCAUAUUAAUAAUUUGAAGUGACCCCUUCCUUUGUACAUUUGAUUCUCAUAUAUGAUGCCUCUUCCAGAGUGGCUUUAUCGAUAAAAUUAUAUAGUUAGGUUGGUAGAAGCUUAUUUUCUAAUCAUUUGCAUGUUUAUAAUUCAAAGUGAUGCCAUCCUGUAUAAUGUAUAUGGGUUUUUCCACAUUUGUAGAAAAUGUUGUUUUAUUUUUGCUCUUGUCAGAUGGUUUGUGAAAACUGCUUUUUUUUUUUACAAAAAAUAGAACAUCUCAGUUUCCUUCCUUUUCCUGUAUUACCCUACAUGUAUUUGUCAAUGUAUUGUAAAAUGUUCAUUGUAAUAAUAACAGUGAUUAGCUGUCUGUAGUAGCCUUCUCUUUUUAUUUUGAAGGCUUUAGACGGUCUGGCAUAUUUCAUGGCUAAACUUGUAUUUGCUGGCCAAUUAGACAGGAAAUAUAAAUCUCUGCCAUUGACAUUCUACACAAAAGCUCAAAGUCAUUUUUGACAGUGUCCUAACAAUACUACAAACUGUGGAAAUUAGGCUUACGUAAGCUACUAGACGACAAAUACCAGGUCUCACAAACUUUGUAAUUGAUUUUACUGCAAGCUAGGCUUCUCUAAUAGAUCAAAUAAGGCUUACUUUAGCUAUUAGAUGACAAAUACCAGGGCCCCAUCUUACAAAGAGUUAUGAUUGAUCCAAUCAUCGUAACUGUAUGGAAAUCCAUCAGUUUCAUAAUUUUUUCUACAGGAAAUUUGCAAAAUGUCCUUUGUAAACAAAGGAGAACACACCAAAUUGUCAAAAAAAUCAAUGAAUUUAGGGCUAUAUAUUCAUAGCUAAAUAUUUUUUUUAAACAAAUAUGCAUUUUAGAUGUUGACGUUGCUGGCCGUCCAUAGUUGCGAUUGAUCGGAUCAAUUGUAACUCUUUGUAAGACGGGACCCAGGUCUCACCAAACUUGUAAUCAAUUUUAUUGCAAGCUAGGGUUCUCCAAUAGAGCAAAUUAGGCUUACUUUAACUACUAGAUGACAAAUACCAGGUCUCACCAAACUUGUAAUAAAUUUUAUUGCAAUUAGUGUUCACCAAUAGAGCAAAUUAGGCUUACUUUAGCUAUUAGAAGACAAAUACUAGGUCUCACCAAACUUGUGAUUAAUUUUAUUGCAAGCUAAUUUUGUUGAAUAGAGCACAUACUUAAUUCAAGUCCUGUUUUCAUACGUGUGUGAUUUGCAAAUCUCCUUGGGGAGAAACCCUAUUGAUUUAACAUCAAUAGUUAGGGAAUGUCAUGAAAAAAUGUCUUGUGUGUGAAUAGAGUGUAUCCAAAAGAUUGAAAUGUAGUUUUUUUUUGCUUUAUCUUAAAUAUUUGAAAUCCUAAUGUAUUUACAUAUUUAUUUUAGAAAGUCACAAUGUUCCCUUCCUCUGUCUAUUCAGGAAUCGGUAAAUGCAUGGUUAAUGAGUUAAAGAUACAUUUGAUACAGUAUUUGUAAUGGCACCCACGUGUAGAUACAAGGUAUUAAUUUAUUUAUACACACCAUUUAUAAAGUAUCUCUUAUAUGGGCAUUUGUACACCUUUUUAAACAUACAAGAAUUGGCUUUCUGUAAUUUUAUUUAUACAUGUGCUCAUUUUGCAAAAUACUGAAUUUUACAAUUAUGGCUUCAUUGUACAAUGUUACAUAAGUAUUAAUUACCAGGGAUAGUGUGUUUUAAUACUUAAAACUGUUUAAAACCAUCUUUACAAUGCACUUGCAUUGGUAUUAAUUGUAUGGUAGCUAAUCUUUUCAACGUAAAACCAUGGAGCUAAUAGCUCUAUGGUAAAACCAUUUUCUUUGCGAUACCAUGAUAGAAUUUGGCCUUAAAACUUGAACUUUAACUAUUUAAAACCAUCUUUACAACAUCCUUGCAUGGAUAUUAAUCGUAUGGUAGCUAAUCUUUUCAACAUGAAACCAUUUUCUUUUUGUUACCAUGAAAGAAUUUGGCCAUGUUUAAAUCGUCUUUCAGCAGCUGUACUGCCAGUCAUAUUACCUCUGCCCCAUGUAUAAUAUCCUGAGUAUAUUUCUUAAUGCACUUUAAUUCUUAAUUUUGUUUUACUUUUGGGAAAGUAAAUGAAAUUCUAUUAAUGUCUAGCAUCCCAAUCUUGUUUGCCUUACAAAGAUAUUUCAUGGUAAAUUAGUACACAGUAAAAAUGCUGUUUAAAUGUUUGAGCACAUUCUUUAAGCCCAUUAACUUAUUUACUAAUAUAAACUUUACACUUGUUUAAACUUUUUAAACAAUUUGUUUAAAAGUUUUAACUACUUGUUUAAAAGUUUGAACAGACUACAAAAUACUACAUAGUUUGUAAUGAACUUUUAAAACAACUUGAUUAAAAGUUUGAACUACUUGUUUAAAACUUUGAACAACUUGUUUUAAGUUUAAACAAUAGAUGAUAGAGUGACGGUCUUAAAACAACAUACUUAAAUACUAGUAUUUGAACAGUGUUUUUACAGUGUAUUGGCUGAUGCAUUGAUAGGGCACAUGAGAAAAAAUAUGUGCCAGUUAUACUUAACCUUAUGUAUGUGGGUAUAUAUAAUAUUACAGUGCUAAUUAGUAGAGUUACAAUAUGAUUUUGUUAAGUAUGUCUGAAUAGUCUCAUUAAAAUAUAUGAUAGCAAUGAAAUAGUUUGGCCAUAGGAAUUGGUGCAAUUAGAUGGCUUGCUUAUGAUAAGUAAUAUGAAUUAAUGAUUUUACAAUAUAUUUUUACUGUGUAUAUUAUCAAUGGUAAGUAAUUUUUCACUCUUAUACAAGCAAACAUAUUCUAAGAUAUCAUUUAUUAGAUUACUAAGAAGUAGGAAAUAGAAUGAUUAAGAAUUAUUUCAAUUUUACAAUUAUUGAAUUAUGGCAACUUCAGAUCGGUAUCAGUUAGCUAUUAAUCUACUAACGAGCGUAUUAUGAUGACAUAAGUUAUGAUGUGAGAAUUAUGACAACUGGAUACUUUUGAUAAUUCAUGAACUUCUCUUAUUUGAAUAAAAAAAAUCCUACAAAUAUAGAAGAAUAAUUGAAGGGUUUGAGUGGUUCAAGUGAGUAAAUCAGAUCUACAAACAAAAGUGAAUAAUAUUUUUACUUUAUUUUUAACAAUAAAAGUAUAGAAAUUGUGUGAAUUAUAUUUUUUUCUGUACAAUGUAUUGGUGUAAUUUGAAAUAAAAUACAGGAAGAUACCAUAUCAAC